GUGAUGACGUAGACACCGUCUAACAUUCACCUCGAGCCACCGAGUCUCUUUAGAAGAAAGUUGUUUGUUUGCGUGUAUGUAUGUUUUUCCUUCUACUUCACAUAUCUUCCACAUUCAGCUGAAGCAACGAGACAGCUAAACUCGAUCUUAUCUGAUGAUGAAGCUGGGUUAAUUUUCAAGGAUAUUCUGUGGGAGCUGGCAGAUGCUUGUAUUUGAAUGUGGCACCGUUUUUCAUUAUGCUGUGAAUUUAGUAGUGGAUUAUUGCAAUGUCUAAUUCUAUAAAUGGUAGUUACUGGCUGAAUGUGCAAUCACCAAGAGGAAGUCCUCUCCCUACUAGUCAAAUGGUGUCCUACACAGCUUACCCUCGACAACACAUACCAAAUCAUAUCCCACCUGCCAUGCCUUGGCAGGGGACCAGUCCUCUGAUGCCAUAUGGUGGCGGUCAUGCCACAGGAAUGUACGGCAUGCCUUCUUCCAUUGGUCGACGUGAUGGGUCCAUUGGUAGAAGCACUGGAGGCAACAUGGUUCCCUAUAUGAAAAGGAAUUUAAAUACACCUUCCCCUGGCAAUAAAAGCAUCAAGAGGCAACUUGAUGAUGAAAAGCUAAGUGAUCAAAAGCGCCAAAGGCUUGGUGUUGAUAACGAGUUGAAAGGAGUUUAUUUUGGUUCUCCUCAUCAAAUGGAAAUAAAUGGAGAUAAGCUUUCCUCUGCUAUGAUAAGUUACUUCAACAAGCACCACCAAGCUGAUGAUAUUUAUCAAAAGAAAAUGAAAUUAAGAGAUGCAUUGUAUGGAAUAUUACAAGGUGUUUUCCCAUACUGUGGCCUGUAUGCUGUUGGUUCGUCCAUGAGUGGGUUUGGGACCAAUAAAAGUGAUAUGGAUCUUUGCCUUAUGCUUACUCGUGAACAGAUUGACCAAAAGUGCGAAGCUACAGAAAUAUUGAAACUUGUACAUAAAAGUUUUAGAAAAUGCUCAUUCAUAACAUCCUCACAGGUAAUCAAAGCCAAAGUUCCAAUACUCAAAUUCUGGGAUGAUAUUAGCAAUGUUGAAUGUGACUUGAACAUAAACAAUUCUGUUGGCAUUCGAAAUACACAUCUUUUAAAGGCCUAUGCUAGUGUGGAUUGGCGUGUACGACCUCUAGUCCUCUUCAUUAAAUACUGGUCCCGUUUUCAUGACAUCAAUGAUGCUCGGAAGCAAACAAUAUCAAGUUACUCGUUAGGUCUCAUGGUCAUUCACUAUCUACAAUAUGGUUGUUCUCAACCCGUGUUACCGGUGUUGCAAAAACUCUAUCCAGAUGUGUUCAGCAUCAAAAACGACAUCAGCUCACUACGUCUAGAUGAAGAUCUACCUUUGUAUGAGUCUCAAAAUACCGAUAGUUUGGGUGACCUUUACAUUGGAUUCCUCAAAUAUUAUGCUCUUGACUUUGAUUUCAAAAGUUCUGCUAUAUCUGUACGCACAGGGACCAAAUUACCAGUGGAAGAAGUUAAGUUAAAAGUUGACACACCUCAACAGUGGAAAUAUCUUAGUAUUGAAGAACCCUUUGACCUUUCUAACACAGCUCGAGCAGUAUUUGAUGCAGAUACUUUCACUAGGAUUCGCCGAGUUUUUCUAACCAGCUACAGAAGGUUAAGUAAAAAACGAGAAGUAAAUGACAUACUUUGCAGGCAAUUUUGACGACAGAACUCUUUUUCUUUCUUUUUUUUUUUCUUCUCCCUUUUUAUAUAUAUCAACCCAACCCAUCUGAAAGGAAUCAAUGGAUGUCAAGUUGACCACAGAUAGUCAAAUGAAGCUUGAGACAGACAUUAAAAUGUUUUGGGUGCUUGCCUUUUCUUUUUCUUUUUUUUUUUUUAUAUUGGAGGUCAUUUUUAAAUUGAUAUCUUUUUGGAAGAAUUUAUCUCAAAAAGAAAGCUUGUGUGUAUGUGUGUGUGUGUAUAUAUAUAUAUAUGUAUGUAUGUAUAUAUAUAUGUAUGUAUAUGUAUAUAUAUAUAUAUAAAGAUUUUUUUUUCAUAUGAUAAGGUUAUUGUGAGGAAAAGAGCUUUUCUCAAGUUUGAGAGGUUUAUUGUACAAGUCUAUACCAUAUAUUGUUAUACUGCCAAUGUACACAUUGAGAAGAAAGAAAAGAGAUAAAACUAAAAGGAUCCAGAAAGGUGACUCUUUCAGUUGCUGUUUAGUCAAAACUGCUCAUUUAACAAAAAAAGGACAUUUUUGUUGAUUUUUUUUCCUUCUCUUCAGUUUUUUUUUUCUUAUUAAAAUACAUUUAAAAAGAAGCUCAAUAAAUAUUUAAAUAUUUUUUUUACACUGUUUUUCUUUUUCUCACUGAAGAAUAAAGUUGGUACCUUGAGAGGCUUUUAAAUUAAAUGCUCCAAACAAGGUUUGGUGAUUGAAGCUCAUUGUUAUGGAGUACUUGCG